AUGAAAAGAAGUCAACUGACUGCUGACAUUUAUGAUGACGAUACAACGGAACAAGCCUUUAAAUAUCAAAAAACAAGUCAAUUCUACGAAGACUUGUUAUUUGUCAAUCAAUCCAUUGCAUCACACUGUAUUAAAGGUGAAAAUAAUAUUAAAAUUAUGGAACACUUUCUACACUUGUUAAAAUUGAAUAAUGAACAACAGGUUACAGAUCAAUUUGCAGAGGGUUGUGUGAAUUUAGUGAUUGGCUACUUUAAUAAGUAUUUAAAUGGUAAGCCUGAAAAAAUUGGAUCGAAUAAUGAUGAAAUUGAUGAUUAUGAAAAGGUGUGGCAUGCUGAAAGGAUUGGAAAUGGAGGAUUUGGAACUGUUUUAAAGGUAACUAAGAGAAAUCAAAAAACUAAACAAGUGGAAACUAUUAGAGCAAUGAAGAUUAUUCCCAAUUCAACAAUGGGAUUGAGUGAAGCUUUUAAUGCUAUCAAUUUGAAACAUCCUAAUGUUAUUAAAAUAUUUAACAUCAUGCUUAUUAGAAAUAUUUGCUGCAUUGAAAUGGAAUAUUUACCAUUUGGAAGUUUACAAUAUUUAUUAGAUAACAAGACAGUUAAAUUCAAUCAUCAACAAAUGGUAUUAAUACUAUAUCAAUGUUGUGAAGUAUUGGCCUUAAUGAGACAGAAUGGAAUGGUACAUUCUGAUAUAAAGCCAGCAAAUAUUCUGAUUAAGAAAUUAAAUGAUACCUAUUUGGCAGAAGUAGCUAUAUGUGAUUUUGGAUUAUCUAUACAUAAUGAAACAUUGGCCAAUCAAAUGGGAAUUGUAUCAUUGGGUGGAACAACUAAAUACUGUGCACCUGAAUUAUUGAUAUUUGAGGAUGGUCAAAAUAGAUUCAAGAAUGGUCCGGAUUUUAAACCAACAUUCCACUCUGAUAUUUAUUCAUUGGGAAAAACCUUCCAAAAACUGCUCGAUAAUAAUCAGAACAAUGAUGUUUCGAAUUCAGUAUUUGAAAAUUUUGACUUGACUCAAAUGCUUGAUCGAUUUACAUCGAGUAAUCCUCAAGAGAGGGAAGAUGGAUUCUAUUAUUUUAUAUUUAAUUAUAUUUUGUUUAGGAAUCGUAAAUAUGAUAUUUGGAAAAAUGAUAUAAUAGCUGCGGAAUUUUGUGAAUUAACUUUUCAUCUUGAUAAAGCGCUCACCAUACCAAGUAGUAGCAGGGCUUUUAUUAUAGAACAUGGUCUGUUGGCAUUUGCAGAUGAAUCACUUAGAAAAGAUAGACAGGUUGUAAUAGAGACAGUUAAACGAAAGGGAUUGAAACUUGAAUUUGCAGAUGAAUCAUUAAGAAAAGAUAAAGAAAUAGUAAUGGAAGCUGUUAAGCAAAAUGGAUGGGCGCUUCAAUAUGUAGACGAAUCACUAAGAAAAGAUAGAGAAAUUGUAUUUGAAGCAAUUAAAAUCCAUGGACAAGCAUUUAAAUUUGCAGACGAAUCAUUAAGAAAAGAUAGAGACUUUAUUCUAAAAGUAGCACAAAAUGAUCAUGCAUUUGAAUUUGCAGAUGAAUCCCUCAGAAAAGACAGAAAACUUGUAAUGGAAUUAAUUAAGAUUCAAUGGCAAAUACUUAAACAUGCAGAUAUAUCAUUAAGAAAAGACAGAGAAGUGAUUUUGGAGGCAGUUCAACAAAAUGGAUGGGCACUCGAGUUUGCAGAUACACUACUGAAAAAAGAUAGAGGAAUUGUAAUGGCAGCGAUUAAAUCACAUGGUUUGGCUCUUGAAUUUGCUGAUGAAUCAUUGAAACAAGACAAAGAAUUUGUUUUAGAGGCAGUUGUAAUACAGGGACGAGCACUUGAAUUUGCCGAUGAAUCAUUUAGAAAUGAUAGAGAAAUUGUACUGCGAGCAGUUCAACAUGAUGUAUGGGCAUUUGAAUUUGCAGGUGAAGCACUGAGGAAAGAUAGAGAGCUUGUAAUGAUAGCAAUUAACAUGCAUGGUCGAGCACUUAAAUAUGCAGAUAAUGAAUUGAAAAAAGAUAGACAAGUUGUAAUGGAAGCAGUUCAGCAACAUGGAUGGGCACUUGAAUUUGCAGAUGAAUCAUUAAGAAAAGACAGAGAAGUUGUUAUGGAGGCAGUUAAAACAUAUGGACUACAAGCACUUGAAUAUGCCGAUGAAUCAUUAAGAAACGACGUAGAGUUUAUGAAGGAAGCAGAAAUAAUUUCAUUAAACAGUCGAAAGUAA